AUGGGAACAAUGUCGCCUUCGAGAGGGCAGGCAGCGUGGGCGAUGCUCCCAAGCCCGUCCACGCCAUCUGCGCGGUUCGCCCGAGACGCCAGCGCGGGUCUCAAGGCACGGAAUUGGGUCGAGGAAGUGAUAGGGCGCCGACUCCCGGAGGGCGACUUCGCCGCUGGCUUUAAAGAUGGCCAGGGUCUGUGCGAGUUGGUCAACACCUUUCGUCCGGCUAGCAUUCCGAAGAUAGAGAGGUCAGCGUCUCCAUUCCACCAGAUGGCGAAUAUCAGCUCUUUCCUCAAGGCGUGCCGGAUGCUUGGUGUUAGCGAGCACGUGCUCUUCGAAACUCUGGACCUGUUCAACGAGAACCGGUUGCCUCAGGUCGUUCGGUGCUUGUUUUCCCUGUCAGAGCUCGUUCGCACCACCAUGCCGUCGUACCAUGGGCCAUACCUCGGCGCCCCGGACAAGCCGGAGGUGGACCCUGCCGUGCUGCAUCUCGUCGACAUCGCGAAGGGUAAUGUUGUGCCGGCUGCGGGAGUCGCGCCGGCCGACGCAGGCGUUGCCAGCAGCGGCAAAAAGGGCAGUCGGGCGGCGGCGGCGGCGGCGGCGGCGGGGCUUGAGCCGCUGUCCCUCCCGAAACAUGACGGCGAGGACGGAGCAACCUCGAGCAGGUGCUGCCUGUCGCCGGCAGCGCACGAGGCGGGUAAGCUUACGUACGGGGUGUACGAAGGAGGAGGAGGAGGAGGAGGAGGAGGACCAGCACCGGCGAAACCGCCGAGAACACCGGGUGCGGCGAGAACAGCGCGAUUGCGAGCUGCCCGAACUCCAGGCCCGGACGAUGCCGGUGUAGUGUCGGGUGAACAAGCCGCCGGUGGAGGAACCACGGACGCGCAUCGGCGGCAAGCCCAAGAACCUGCUUCUGCUGCUGCACUCGGCGGCAAACGCAGUGGCGGGGCUGGUGCGGUGGCGCGGGAGGGCAGUGAAGGCGGGGGCGGCGGCGGCGGCGGCGCUGUCGAAUACGCGGAGUCUGCGCUUUCGGUCGCCAACACCCCCAGACGUUGCAAUCCGAUGAUGAUGCCCUCGCCGAGAGCGGAGGGCGCAUCCACGCCGCGAGGAGAGGUCGGCGGCGGCGGUAGCGGCGGUAGCGACGGUGGGGCGGUGGCGAGCGACUAUUACGGCUUCGGACGGAGCAGCAGCUCCGUCGAGGAUCAGGCCAGGAGGAGGAGGGAAGCCACGGCGCAAAAUGAUGCGGAGAUGGAGGUGGCGCUGUGGAUCGAGGGCGUUACCGGGGAGACGUUCCCGGGGAAGUUUUGGUCGAGCCUCAAGGAUGGAGUUCUGCUGUGUGACGUGUUGAACUCCAUCAAGCCGGGGCUAGUCCCACAGGUGAACCCCUCUCGCGGGACCUUCGUCGAGUUGGAGAACAUCUCCGCCUUCCUGUCCGGUUGCCGGAAGGUGGGGGUCCCCGAGCACUCGCUGUUCGACACGAAGGACCUUCACGAGAAGAGGGACAUGCAGGUCGUGGUGCACUGCUUGCACGUUCUGGGCGCGGCGGUGCAGUCGACGGUGCCUGAUUUCAGGGGGCCUUUGUUGGGCAAAAAGUCGGAGGCUUUGUCAAUCGUGAACGCUCGAGGUUUGAGGAAACGGCUGGGGAAAGGCCCCGGAGCGAGAGGCGGGAUCCACACCCUCACCGCCCACAAGGGCGGCGCCGGCGAGUACGUCGGGUCUGGCGACGUACCGAUCGAGCAGCCCGACCCCACGGCGACCAUGACGCCCGCGGAGUCGCCCUCCGGCAAGCGGGCCUCCCGCCGGCGAGAAGCUUCGGACUCGGCGGGGGGCUCCGGCGUGGUGGCGGCUGGUACCCCCGCCUCCCCCCGCGCGAUAGCGGAGGGGCUCUCCGGCGGCGUCUUGCCCGCCGUGAUCUUGGAGGAGGAGGCGCCCGCGGGGAUGACCUCGGCGGUCGUGCGCGUCGAGCGGCAGGGCAGGCGCGGCGCGAGACCGGCGGAGGAGGCGGGGGGUGGCGGCAGUGGGCGGCAGAACCUGGCGGGACUGUUCGCGGACGCGGCGUUGGCGGCGGAUCCUCGAGAAAGCAGGGGGCGAGGGGGAGCGGUGGCAUUACGACGGACUGCCAGUGGGGCGAGCGGCGUCAGCGGCAACCAACAGCGGCGCAGCAGAGGCGCUCACAGGCAGCGGCACCACCAGCAGCGCAAGGACGAGGACGGCGAGGGCGUUGUGUCCCAGGUCCAGCGGUUCGUGGAGCUGCACACUCGCCAGCCGUGGCGCGUCAGCGGGGACAUGCACGAGAGCCUGCGGGACGGCUGGCAGCUCGCCCUGCUGGCCAACGCCCUGCGACCGGGAGCCGUACGGUGCGUGCACAACUCCAUCCAGCCCGUCAAGCACAUCCAGAACAUCGCCGGCUUCCUCAUCGCCUGCCGGCGGAUGGGGGUGGCUCGCGCCCUGCUGUUCGACAUCGAGGACCUCUACGAGAAGAGAAGCAACACCAGGGUCGCGAGGACGCUGCUAGCGCUGCGGGCGCUGGCGGCCGAUCCGGACUUCGCUCUCGCGAGGCCUUCCUCGCUGAUUGGCACCUCUCUGCUCGUGAACGCUGCUGCGGCUGCUGCGAAAACCGGGUUGGCGUCGGGGCCGCCGUCAGCGGCAUCGGCGGGUGGUCGCAGAUAG